AAAGAACUUCAAGUGAGUUCACCUUUAGAUUAUAAAAAUUAUUUACGAAUGAAUUCCACUACUUUCGGCGAAUUAUUGGCUCUGGUAACACCAUAUAUACAAAAAAAAGACACAAUAUUGAGAGAGGCGAUAUCUCCCAAGCAGAGAUUGUUUGCUACUCUAAGAUAUCUUGCAUCUGGACUAACAUUUGAGGGUUUAAAAUUUGAAACUGCGAUUGCUGCUCAAACCCUUGGACAUAUUAUCAUCGAGACCUGUGAAGCAAUCAUAAAGGUUUUGAAGAAAUAUUUAAAGCUACCACAAAGUGAAAAUGAAUGGAGAAAUGAGGCUGAAGCUUUUGCGAGGAAGUGGAAUUUUCCUCAUUGUCUUGGGGCGAUAGACGGCAAACAUGUGAAAAUAUUUAAGCCACCUGGAACUGGUUCAUAUUACUUUAAUUACAAACAUUCGUUUAGCAUUGUUCUAAUGGGAAUCGUAAAUGCAAAUUAUGAAUUUUUGAUGGUUGAUGUGGGAGCAAAUGGACGAGUCUCUGAUGGAGGGGUUUUUUCCAAUACAGCAUUCUGUAAAAAACUUGUAGAAAAAGAUCUGUGCAUUCCUGAACCAGAAAAUUUAACAUCGACUAAUAUCAAAUUGCCCUAUGUUUUUGUAGGGGAUGAUGCUUUUCCACUUAUGGAAAAUUUGAUGAAACCAUUUAGCAAGAAAACCCUCAGCAACGAAGAAAUGAUUUAUAACUACAGGGUGUCACGUAGCCGCCGAAUCAUUGAAAAUGCGUUCGGGAUACUAGCUUCUCGCUUCAGAAUUCUGUUAAAUGAAAUUAACCUAUGUCCAGAAAAAGCUGUCAUCAUAGUACUGACAUGCUGCCACUUGCACAACUUCUUGCGACAUUACAAAGUAGAGUCGUAUUAUCAAGGUGGCAUAGAUGUUGAAAACAUAAAUAGUGGAGAGGUUGCAAAUGCUGAUUGGAGAGCAGACCCUACAUUAUUACAACUACAGGCACUCCGAGGAAGAAACACUACCACUGUAGCAAAACAAAUAAGAGCACAGUUUUGUAAUUAUUUUAAUACUGUUGGAGCUGUUCCUUGGCAGAACAAGAUAUUUCAGCAAUAAUUGUAAAUUAAUAAUGUUAACUAGUUUUUUACCG